GCCCAGGGCGGGCUGUAGCCUAGCAGCGCCCCGCCCACGGCCCUCCCUCUCGGGUCCCCAGCAGAGCCGGCCCCCAGCAUGGCCCUGCUGGGCUGCCCAGCCACGUCGUUGUACCCGCUCGCCUGCUGCGGGCUCUUCUUUCUCGUUCUCCUCCUGCUCUUGUUAACCCGGACCCGCUGCGGCCGAGCCCGCUGGAGCAUCCCCGGGCUGAUCAUGGCCCGCAGCGAGAGGCUGCUUUUUCGGAUCGGGUACAAUCUGUAUGCACGUACCUGGCUGGGUUACCUCUUGUACCGAAAACAACUUCAGAGGGCACGUCAUCGCUAUCCAGAUGGUCAUUCAACUGUCCAGCCCCGAGUCUUUAAUGGAGUGAAGGUGCUGCCCAUUCCAGUCCUUCUUGACAACUAUAGCUACCUCAUCAUUGACACACAGUCCAAGCUAGCUGUAGCUGUGGACCCUUCAGAUCCAAGGCUUGUACAGGCCUAUAUUGAAAAGGAAGGAGUCACCUUGGUUGCCAUUCUCUGUACCCACAAACACUGGGAUCACAGUGGGGGCAACAGGGAAUUGAGACGACAGAAUAGAGGAUGCCGUGUCUAUGGGAACCCUCAGGAUGGCAUUGCUCAUCUCACUCAUCCCCUCUGUCACCAGGAUAUGGUGAGUGUGGGGAGGCUUCAGUUCCAGGCUCUGGCCACCCCAGGUCAUACCCGGGGCCACAUGAUUUAUGUAUUGGAUGGAGAACCCUACAAGGGACCUUCCUGCCUUUUUUCAGGGGAUGUUCUCUUCCUCUCUGGCUGUGGCAGAAUAUUUGAAGGGACACCUGCAACCAUGUUGAAUUCGCUGGACCUCAUCAUGGGCCUGGGAGAUGAUACCUUGCUUUGGCCUGGUCAUGAGUAUGCCGAGGAGAAUCUUAGCUUUGCAGGUCUGGUGGAACCAGAAAACUUGGCACGAGAGAAGAAAAUGCAAUGGGUUCAACAGCAGCGCCUGGAACACAGGAGCACGUGUCCAUCAACCAUUGGAGAAGAGAAAACAUACAAUCCAUUCCUGAGGACCCACUGUCUUGCUCUUCAGGAGGCUUUGGGACCCCUUCCUGGCCCUGGCGGGGAUGCUGGCCCCUCCAGAGCGCGACUCCUUGAAGAACUUCGGAGGCGCAAAGAUCAGCACAAGGGCAAAUGAGACCCCUGUUUGCUGGGUGCCCUUUUAAUUCUCCACUCCCCUCCUUCCCAAUCAUUAGCACAUUUGCCCUCCCCAAUAUUGCCUCUCUUCCCCUCACUUUGACAGAGGAAGGAGCAGAAAAAAUCAUCGACUUCACAGUGGACUUCAAAAGGAAUGUAUGGAUGGAAAGUGAGAUCUCGAGGGGAAGGGGAUUGGUUACAAAUGAUGGGGUUUAUGAGUGGAGAGAAAAAGAGAGAAAGGAAGUGAAAAAUAGUCCUUCUCCCUCAUCUCCUCCUGCUACCCACCUUAGUCCUGGGGUUUCCUUGAAGGGAGGUUGGUAGCUUAGAAGGAAACUGGAUGGUUGAAGUCUUCUGGGUCAGUCUUAUCUUGCCUACCCUUUGACCAAGCCUCCAUCCAUCCAAAUUCUGGCUGUCCAGUGUUGCCUUUUCCCACUGAAACCCCAAAUAGAGGCCAGUAGCAGAUGAGGCAAGAGGAAGAGGACCAGAUUGAGAGGAGGGCCACUGGGACUUAAAUCUAGUUCUCUCUAAUCUCUCUCUUCACACCCUUCUUUUAGGGAAUUUGAAAUAAAAUCCUUCAAGGGGAUCGGCUAGUGGGUUUCUUUUGGAAAAGGUAAUGGUCUUCAAUGUCUGUCUAGCUUCGGUUCUCACAGAACAAUCCUCCCCCCUUCAAAACCAAAACUCCUUUGUCCACUGAUUUCCUUGGAGCCAACAUCUAGAAGGCUCCUUUUUGUAGGACCAACACAAAACAGAAAGGUGAGAGAGCAUCCCUUUUCUCUUCAGAUGCUCCUCUUCCUUUGAACUGUACUUCUUGCUUCACCACCAUCCCCAAUUUGGAAAAAGAAAAUAUUGCUUUUAAAGACCGCCUUGUUUGACUACAAACCACAAACCCCAGAGAGUUCUUAAAAAUAGGGACCUGCUUAUUCUUUUAGGUAUCACAUAUUUCAACAUUGGGAGCCUCUAGAAGUCUUGAUGACCAAUCCCUUUUCCUCUGUCCAGCCUGGGAGCCUCUCCUUCUGAGAGACCUCCGAGCUUCCUGUUGCAUUGUCUCCUACUUCUUAUUCAUGAGAAGUCUUCAUCUCUAACUAACCUAAAUCUUUGUUGCUGUACUCUCAAUCUAUUUGCUCCGAUCUUUAGUUUUGAUGGAAAAUAUCUGGAAUAUGAAAUAACCCUUCUAACUGGAAAUCAAUUAUUAGACCCCUUCAGCCCUUCCUUUUUUAAAAAAAACUGGACCUCUUGUUUCAUUGGUAUAAUGAGCUCCCCAAGAAGAUGUUCCUUUUCCCAAUGUAGAUGGCCAUUUGCAACUGGAAUAAUCUUGAGAAUUGACUGUGUGUUUCAGAAUCUUCCUGGUUUGAAGGCCUGUUCUCCAGCCACUUCUGAAUUUCUUUAUAAAUAUUGACUUUUUAAUGGUUUGUUUUUGGUUUUGUUUGUUUGAGUUACCAAUCAACUCUCCUUUGCUCACAUAGGAUUAUAGCAGGAUCAAUGGCAAGUUUGAAGUGAUAAUAAUUUUGAGGAAUGGAGUGAGAACAGAGUGGCAGAUUUCCAUUUUCCUAAACUGUCUAGCUUUUAAAGUUUAGAUUAGCACAGUUACUUUUAUCCAGACCAGAAUUUAUACAGAAUAAGUCAUUAUUGUUUGAAAUCAAUGGUUCACCUGAGCCGUGGUCAUCCAGACAAACUUCUGCUCCUUCUUAAGACAGAUUGUCUGCUAUAGACAAGAAGAUCUUUCUGCCCCUUCUUUAUAACCUCUUAUAUCUGAAAUUUUCCUUCUUAUAAACUCAGAACUUUCUUGCCAAUUGAGGCUUACCAGCCUAAGCCAGGGAUUCAGAGACAACAUGUUAAAAAGUUUGACCUUGUCUCUCUUCCCCCUCCUAGAGCAACCUUGUUGUGUGAGACAGUCCCAGGUGUGCCCAAUACAAGAGGAAUAACAUCAUUCGGUCAGGAGGGUGCCUCUUUCUGGAUCCCCUUUUUUGCCACAACCUAAGAUCAUUGUACUAGAACCUGUGUUACUCUUCUUCCCUUCUGGGUGCCAGUUGGUUUUUUGCCCUGUGAUCCAAUUGUGUACUGUGAUCCAAUUGCACCUUUCUGCCCUGUGUUCCUUUAUUUCCCUAUCUGUAUCGUGUUAAACUACAAGCCUUCCCUUGUGAGUUAAUAUAUCCCUAAUAAAAGUCUCUCUAUAUUUUUUUGCAUUAA